UUCACAGUCGCAGGUCAUUUGUACACUACGAUAAUGGCCGCCAUCAUUUCACGAAGGUUAAGGGUAACCUCUGCGCUCCUAAAACCCUCUCGUUCUUCUUCAACAAACUUGUUGAUCAAUAACCCUCAAUUCCCAAUCUCUGAACCCUCUUCUUCUUCUUCUUCCUCUUUCACCUUUUCACACUUGUUCUCACAAUCCACAACCCCUUCAAACUCAACUACAAAACCCACUUCCCAUUUCAAUCCACGGUCAUCAGUGGCAAGACCCAGGUUUUUCUCAACCAAAGAUGCUUCACCAGACCCAUCAUCAGAAUCUGAAUCAGAGUCAAACCCAAGUCCAUACCCAAGCCAAAACCCUGAUUUCAAGCACCAGGAGAUUGAAGGGCCCACCGUUGAACGAGACCUUUCAUCGCUGGCAAACGAGACACGAGAGGUUCUUGAGGGGAUGAUGAAGAGUAUCUAUGGUUUGAGCAAGGUUGUGGCGUUUCUGGGUAUGGUUCAGCUUGGUCUUGGAGCUUGGAUCACCUACAUCACUAGGUCUUCACCAAUCACUGAGGUUUCUGUGCAGAGCUUUUUGGCGUUUGCGUUUCCUUUCUCUUUGGCUUUUAUGCUGCGUCAGUCGUUGAAGCCAAUGCACUUCUUUAAGAAGAUGGAGGAGCAAGGUAGGUUGCAGAUUCUGACACUCACUCUCCAAGUUGCUAAGCAGUUGAAUGUUUUCUUUGUUCGAGUUCGUGGGGUUUCAUUUCUUUGCAUUGUUGGCAUGUCAAUUGGGGUGGUGUUUGCUGUGUUUUCAAGAUGAGCUCAGCUCAGUUCUGUUCAGUUCAGCUGAUUUUGGUACUCACAAUCAUCGACUCUCUAUGUGUGAGUUUUGAUUUUCCUGCAUAACCAUUUGAUACCUGAAAAGCUAUGGGUAUAUAUAGCUUUUGAAUUUACGCAGCUUUUUUACGAUUUUCACAAUCCUGUUUGGUUUUAAUGGGAUAUUGAUGACACCAGAGAUAAGAAAUAAUCAUUAUUGUUGGACGUGCUUGCUGUGUACGCUUUAUCUUUGAUCAACCUCUGUCACCUCUUGUGGUUUAUGUAUUCUUCGAACGUUGUUGAUGUUA